GGUGGCGGCGUAAGAUGUGUUUUUAUAGUACAAAAGAACUACCUCUUCAACUGCCAACUGUUUUGUAUAUGAGCAAAAGUUUAAAUUGAAUUUGAAGCUGAAUAGCUUCAGAGCUAAGUCGUGAGAAGUGUUGAAUUUUAUUGUUCUUGUGUUGUUGAAACGUUCAAUGUAUAUUUCUGAUUACUUGAAUUUUUGAAUAUUUAGUUUCAAAGCUACUUCAGACAGUUACAGGGUGACCCAUAAAAUGAGAAUAUUUGAAAUAUGCUGUUGAUUAAUUGUAAGAAUACAAUAAUUGUUUAUUCCUUAUGCAUCCUUGAAUAUUAAGUUUUUUUUCAAUAUUCCCUUCUAAAAAGGUGUUACUGUUAGGCACUGAACAGAUUUGAUUUGUAUCAGAAAUUCUAAAAAUGAAAGAACGAGAUAUUUAUUGAAUAUCUUCAUGUGAUAUGUAUCUUUUGUUGUGGAUAAUUCAAAAAGUUGAUAUGCCUAGACAAGUGGUGCCCGAAAAGGACAAGAAGUUUUUUGAAAUAUUAAAAAACAAUUCAUAAUUUGUGAACGAUAGAAUUCAAAGAAAUUGUGAUUUACAAAAUUCAUUUAAGUUUGACAAAUUUUGCAUCAAAAUUUUAUAAACAAAUUGAAAUAUAUAUAAUAAAAGAUAUAUUUUUGUUUUUCCAAUUAUAGAAGGAACACUAUGUUAUGUUCUUUUUCAAUUUUUGUUUCUUUUAUUGUAGUUGACUAGUCACUAUUGAUUUUUAUAUAAGAUCAUAUUAUAAAAAGAGAUUGAAUGUUUGUUUGUUUAAGUAGAGUUUAAAUAGGUUUUUGGAUGUUUUUAAGGAGUAUCUUGGUAUUGAUUACUUCUGAAGAGAACCUCGUUUGAAAUAGUUAGCUACGAAGAAGACAACUUUUAAAAUUCUUGCAGUAAUCAACUUUUCGAAAUAAUUCAUGAAAAGAUUCUAAAAAAUAAUUUCUUAAUUAUCUAUAUAGUUUUGACUUAAAAAAAAGAAAUAAAAUCGGUGAUAAACAAAAAAUUGUCUUCUUCAAAUUUGUUAAGAGCAGCCUAAACAAACAUUCAAUCCGACACUAUUCUUUCCUUGUAUUACUCUAAUAUAGCUUUUUAGUGAUAACAAAAUGAUAAACUAAAAUUUAAUGUUGCGAAGAUGAGAUUUCAGUUAUUGGAAUUUUUGAUUAAACAUGUUUUUUCUCAUAAUCAUCAAAUAAUAGACUUUGAUUUUUCAAUUGAAACACUCUUAUGAGGAAUUUAGAGACUAUUUAGUAGAACCAUCAAAAAAAUUCCCUUUGUAGAUAGAUUUGAGGAUUUUGUAUUUUCCUAAAUUUUUUCCAUUGUUGAUUUACCUUACCAUACACAUAACGCGUUUUUUAAAGUGGUGAAUUCGCAAGAACAGUACCUACUGAUGGAGAUAGAACAAUUGGAAACAUUUGAAUGACUACUGUUGAGAUAUCUUGCAUUUUACCUUAUAAGGAAAAAAUUUUCUUAAUAUCUGCACAAAUUCGAAAUGAGAAAGAUAUAUUUUAUAUUGUCGUCAUCAAUAGAUGGCUUUGAAAAUUCCUAAAUAAUAUUUCAGAAAGUAAGAAAUUUAUGUAUUCCUUAUAUGUUCAAUUUAUUAUCACAUUGCAAUACAUCGCAAAAUUAAGCUAUUGAUGAAUAUAAUGUAAAAUUAACUUUUGUUAUAGCUAAGGUAAUGUGUUUCUUAUAAAUAUUGAGACUAGGUGUUCCUUUAAUGUAGGGUACUGUUGAAAGGAAUUAUUUAUAAUUACAGUGGAAGGAAAGCUUGAAAACAUCUUGAAUAUCUUUAUUCCAUUUUAUCCGCUUUACUAAUUUUUAUUGCAGCUGAUUUAUAACCCAAUUACAAAAAUCGUAAUUAUAAAUGAUUCUAUUGCAGCUAUUUUGUGGUGUUAAAAAUAGAAGGUACGAAUAUGUUAGUUUGAAGUUCGAAAAACACAUUAAAUUCACAGAUAACUCGGCAAUUCUAAGAAUUGUCCAGAUAAGUCGCUUAUGUUUCUACAAACGAGUAUGUUUUUUUAAGAAUUAUGUUACGACAAAUAAAAAUUUAUAAAAAUAACCUGAGUAUCAAUAAUCCUUUCAGUGAUUCCAGUAUAUACUCAUUUCACAUAUUUCAAUAAAAUCACAAAUAUUUUGAAUCCCUUCUCAAUUCAUCAAAUAACAUCUGAUCCGACUUGAAAGAUAACCUCAAAAUGAUUAGUGGAAAGUUGAUUUUGAACUUUUCGUUAAAAAGAAAUUUCUUCCGAAAUACAUUUUUCGUAUCGGUGAACAGAUUUGUAUCCCAAACAGUAAUAAAAAAUGAUGCUUCUGAAGAAAAAACAACUCAUUUCGGUUUCCAACAGGUGAAAGAAAGUGAAAAAACCGAAAAAGUUCGUAAACUUUUCGAAGAUGUUGCCUCAAAGUACGAUAUAAUGAACGAUGUCACUUCUCUAGGAAUACAUAGGAUAUGGAAAGAUAUAUUUAUACAUCGAUUGGCCCCUACAAAAAAUACAACUUUAUUGGAUAUGGCCGGAGGAACUGGAGAUAUAGCGUUUCGAUUCUUAAACUAUAUAAAGAGUUCCAAAAGUGAAGCUGGUUGCCAUGUUGUUGUUUGCGAUAUAAAUGAAAACAUGUUAGAAGUUGGGAAAGCAAGAAGUAAAAAUUUGAACCACAACCAAAAUGUUAUCAGUUGGAAACAGGCAAAUGCAGAAAAUCUACCAUUCGAAGAUAAUUCCUUUUCAGCUUAUACCAUAGCUUUUGGUAUAAGAAACAUGACUCAUAUUGAUCAGGUUUUGAGGGAAGCUUAUAGAGUUUUGCAGCCAGGUGGUCGUUUCAUGUGUUUGGAAUUCAGUCAUGUUAAUAAUCCACUUUUGCAAUGGGUAUAUGACCAAUAUAGUUUUCAAGUGAUUCCAGUAUUGGGACAAAUAAUUGCAGAACAGUGGAAACCUUACCAGUAUUUAGUUGAAAGUAUUAGGCAGUUUCCAGACCAAGAAAAAUUUAAGAAAAUGAUUGAGGAAGCAGGAUUCAGAGCCGUUACUUAUGAAAAUUUGACCAAUGGAGUAGUUUCAAUUCAUUCAGGAUUCAAGCUUUGAUAACAAGAAUAGAGAAAAUAAAAUGUAUAGAAUGUAGGUUUAUAUUCAUACACAAAUAUGUCAAUUACAUCACACUUUCCAGUAAGAAAUCUUAAAUAUAAAUAUAAGUAAUGAAACAAUG